AUGAGAUGGACCUCAAGAAACAAACGUCGUAGUGUUUCUCACAUUAAAAACUUUUCAAAUUUACCAAUCAAUAAUAACAAUAAUAACAAUAAUAAUAAUAUUUCUAAUAAUAACUCUAACAAUAACAACAAUAACAACAAUAACAACAAUAAUAACAAUAAUAACAAUAACAAUAUUACUAAUAACGACUCUAAUUCUAUUUCUAUCUCUAAUUCUAAUUAUAACAACUCAAAUUCUGACUUAAUACCUGAUAUUUCUCAAUUUAACACUACUAACAACAACACCAACAACUUUAACAACUCUGUCUCUUCCUUUAACUACCAAAACUCCUCCUCUCUAUCGCCUCGCUCUUCUUCCUCUUCAACUCUCGACAACAUCCCUCCCUCCUUCCACAAAAACCCCUCCUCUUCCUCCUUCAACAACUCCUUCAACAACUCCUACUCAAACCACACUUCUGACAAUAACAAUAACAACAACAGCAACAGCAACAGCAACAACAACAAUACUUCCCUAUCCAAUUCAAUAUCAACUCUAACUCCAAAGACACAACCCCACUACCAACAAUCAAAACAAGAUUCCUCUGAUUCCUCCUCCAUCUCAAACUCAAUCGUCUCUUCCAAUCAAAAUAUGACUGUUGUGGUCGACAAAAAACCUGAAAUUUAUUCAAUCAACAACAACAACAACAAUAACAAUAAAAUAAAAAAUCUACAACACUCAUUUCAAGACCUCUCCAUUUCUUCAAUGCCAAAGAUAAACAACAUCUCCUCCCCCUCAAACGUCAAACUAGACUACAGUGCACAGAACAUAUCCUCUCUAAUCAAUUCACAACCAUCCUGCUCAACAACUGCCACCUCAAACAUAAACUCUCUGUCUCUAAAGGAAUCCUACGAAUACGACUCCUCCAUACUAACUUCAUCUACUCUAGUCGAAAACCUCAACAGAUACGAUCUAUCCCACGACGAAAAUCAUCAUCAUCAUCAAAACAACAACAACAACAACAACAAUCACUCCCACUACACUACAAACCACAACGAUGAUCCCAAUCUCAACCCCACCAUCAACAUCAACACCACAAAUGACUCAAACAACAACUCCUCCUCCUUUGUAAACUCUUUCAAAAACUCUUCCUCAACCUCAAAUUUAAACAUAAACAUGUCCUUCAACUCAAUUCACUCAAAUCACUCCCACCCAAAACUAAACGCCAACAACUACGAUAACUACUCCUUCAAAACAGGCUGGCUCAACAAAACAAGCUCCAACGUUAAUAGUUGGUCAAACAAUAUCAACCCUGAUUCAUGGAGACUAUACAAAGCUGAACUAAAAGGUCCCAGCCUACUCCUCUACAAACCUCCCAACGAUCUAGGUGUUAAAAACUUCGACCCAAAUCUAGACUUGAAUAAACAAAUCCUAUAUCCCCAAAUCGACGAAGAGUUUCAACCCCAGUCCUCCUCCAUACCAAACCCUUCCACUUCCUCAAUAAUAUCUUCAAAUCAACUGUCCUCAAAUCAAAUACGACAUUCCAGAAAUAUGUCGACAAUUAACAAUCAACCCCAAUCCAUAAACCAAAAAUCAUCAAACAACAACAACAGCAAUGCUAACACUAAUACUAAUAAUGACAAUAAUAACAUUGAUGAUAAAAACAACUCCCAUAACUCUGAUACUCAAUGCUCAACCUCUUUACGAUCCACUUCAACUAUAAAAAUAAAUAAAAUCUUAUCUCCAAUAUCUAUCCCAACCAUCAAACCAAAACUAACUUACCUCUCAGCCAACUACCCUCAUCCUCAAUUGAAGCUAGAUAUCAACACUGGCUCGAUUCUAUCUGGCACUCUAGAAGCAAUCUGUCAUACUGUCCUAUUUAACGAUUCCGAAUCUGAAAAAUUCAUCGACUCAAUCCUAAGUAUUGUCCCUCUUUUUGGCGAUAUCAAAGAAUGCAUUGAAUACUUUAUCGAAUACUCAAUCACCUUCACUUCCAACCCACAACAAUUGAAAAAAUGCAUAUCAAACUUAAAAUUCCCAAUACCCCAGAACAUUUAUACCACAAUCCAAAUCUCAGAACAAAUAGACUCAAAAAUUACAACAAGACUAGGCUCAGUUGUUGUUAAAAUUCAAGACAGAUUUUCCGGAAUGCUAUUAGACCAAAACAUCUUUGAAAACUUGUUAAGAUUACUAGAACUAAUCACUAUACAUAAUCAAGAAUUCGGCUUAUCCCUAAAAAAUUCUGUUCAAAACAAACAAAUCGAAAUGACUGAACUACUCGUCUUCAACAAAAAUAACCUCGCAAGACCUUUAAAAGAAGAACAGUCCUUAUCCGCCGAAAGAUUUCUACAAAUCGAACUAAAUGAAUUUGCUGAUCAAAUAAAUCUAAUGGAUCUAAGAUUCAAUCAAGAAUGGAACCCUAAAACUGACCCUUCCCUACUAUAUGAAACUGGUUACACCUACUCUCGCUACAAUCCUCUAAUUUAUGACGCUAUAUCAAAUAUCCAUUACUUGGGCAGAUUGCUAGUAGACCAUUUAUUUGUCGACGAAAAAUCUAGAAAUAAUCCCGAAUUUCGUGCAGAAAUAUUAAGCCGUUGGAUUCUAUUAGGACUGUUAUUCGAUCAAAAAGGUGAUAUGGUUAGUUGGUUGGCUAUUGCCUCCGUAAUAUGCUCAAUCCCAGUUCUAAGAUUACGCAAAACUUGGUCCUUUAUUGAGUCAAAGGUUCAGAAAAUUGCUUCAUCCCAAUUUGCUCCUGUCAUUUUUGAACUUGAUAGAAGAAGUUUAAUAUCAGAAGCUACUCACAAGACUGCUUAUCAUGUCAUAGCUCCUCAAGGAAUCGGUAAAACAUACUCUAAAAACAGAGUUGUCCCUUAUUUUGGUGAUCUAAGUAUCAAAAUGGUUGCUAGCUCGAAUAUUAAACAAUGCGAAAAGAGAGAUCAGCGUAUUAAAAUCUCAUUUUCAAGAUGGGAUGAAUACCUAGACCAAGUCCAAGAUAUAAAAGAUUUUGGCCCAUUUCCUAAACCCAUCCCGGGCCUUCAAAAAUUAUUAUAUAAUUUACUAAACACACAUGUCUCAUUGCCACCACUUAAGCAAGAAGAUAUAAUGGAAUUAUCCUUAGAAGUUGAAUCAAAUUAUACUGGAAACUUUUUCGAAUAUCAUUUCUUACCGAAAACUCCUUUUACUAAUGGAGGUUUUGCUCCAAUUGUAUUUAAUGAAGUCUUACCAUAUUAUAAAUUUUUAGACCAAGAUUCAUUGUUGGAGGCCAGUGGAAUUCCAAAAAACAGAAAAAGAGAGAGAGAGAAAGAAAGAAGGUUGGCCAUUGCAAAAGAGUUUGGUGAAGAUGGUGAGCGUCUAGAAAGAAAAAUUGAUCACAUAACAGCGCCAAAUAUGAAUGCUCAUAUUACUGGCAUUGAUGAGGUGGACAUUUUAAACUAUUCAGCAACUAUUAAACUUGAAAGUCAUAACCUUUUCAUGGAUUAUGUCAAAGACAUUUUUAAUAUCGACACAUCAAUAUUUCAUAUAUCUGAUGGAAUUGUAUUUAAAACACAAAACGAUAACGGUUUUAAGUUUCCGGGCUUUUCAGGGAACGACGAAGACAAUAAAUUUAGAAACAGUAAAAGAGUUUCUGUUGUUGAUUCAAAUGAUGUUUUCAAUAUUUUGGAUAAGCCUAUAUCAAUUAAUGUUGUUCUAAAAUCUGUAUCACUUGAGAGAUUAAUUGAUAUAUUAGUUUUAACCCCUGGCAUAUUUUCUCAUUUUAUUGAAAAAGCAGACAUUGAUAAAUAUUUUUCUAUGAUUCAAACCGAUCAAAACAGUGUUGGAUAUAAUUUUGUCAAUUUAAAUAUGGAUUUAAGACUAUUUACUGCUACAUUUUUUGCCUGCUACAGAAGUUUCUGCUGUCCAAUACAAUUACUAAAAAGUCUUGGAAGACGUUUUGUGGGUGCUAAAUCUGCUGCAAUAUCUAUUCAAAGACUAAAAGAAAGUAACUAUCAUACUGAAGACCAUGUUUUCCCAGAUUGGGAUUCAUCAAGUGGAAUCGAUGAUCCUGAAGUAAACUGGAAAUAUGCUGGGCAAAUUGGAAUAGGAGUUCUUGAAGCAUUAUAUAUCAUGGUUUCCGAUCAUUUUAGUGACUUUGCUGAUGAUCUAUCUACCAGACAAAUGUUUUUAGAAAUUUUGAAAAUUAUCGAUCAAGAAGUUUCAUUAGAUUGGAAAACAAUUCUUUCUAGAUAUAAAUACACCGAGCAAUAUGCAGAACUCAAGCCACUAUUUGAAAGGCUUUUGUCAUUAUACAAAAAGAUUAGAAAAACAUACAUCAAAAAAUCCUACAGGCCUAUUGAUCCUUAUAUGAAAACUCAGACCUAUAGCUCGACUUUAUCUACAAUUCCUCAUAAUGGGUUGUUACCUUCUUCCAGCCUAUUUAACGAAAUUGAAGAAUUCAUAGAAAAACUCGACAUUAUCAUUUGUGAAGCCUUUAACUAUAUUUCGGUUUCUGAUUGGAUGACUGUUUUUGAAUUAUUGGAAAUGCAAAUUAUCAAAAAUCCGACUAGCCUUUUUAACUAUAAAUCAAUGAACACUACGACUUCAGAAGAUGACUUAAAGAUUUCAACAAUUUUUUUAUUUAUUGAAACUCUAUAUGGUGAAAAUUCGGAUGAUUUAAUAAUAAAAAAAUUUCCUCCAUCUGUGCAAAGUAUUAUUGAAUUACAUUCUAGGAUUGAACAUUAUUUUAAAGCGUUGAUUACAGAUCCAAAAAUUACCAUUGUUGAACGUCGUGGAAGAAUGGCUACAAUACUAACAAUGCUCAAAAUUUCUCGUUGCAGAAUGGAGAGCUUAGAUUUAUUCAUUGAAAACUCACAAGUAAGUUCUUCAGCUCACAUUCCAUCCUUUCUUGAAUCAUGUAUUUCUCAAGCUAUCAUUUCUCCAGAAAGUAGGUGGUUUGUAAAUACCUGGAUAUACACAUCUGCCAAAAUUAAUACUGGAAAGAAUAUUUAUAAAUGGGAUACUUUAUCCGACUUAUUACCGGUAUUUCCUUCAUCUAUUCUUAGUGAUGGGUUGAAGCAUAAUUUGACUCCUUGUGUGGGUUGGUUGGUCGAGAGAUUGCUUGAGAUAGCGUUGUAUAUUCCAAAUAUAUCUGUUCAAGAUAGCAAGUUGAUUAACUUUGAUAAACGUCGUUUUCUUUUUAAUACCGUAACGUCCGUGCUAGAAAUGAAGCCAUUUGAAUAUAAUAUUACACCAGAAGAGUUUGAUCAUAUCAAAAAUAAUUUUGCAUUUCUUUAUGUUUUGAAAAAAGAUCCUUUCAAAAUUUCAGAUAUCAGAAAUACUUCUCAAAGAGAAAAUAAAGAAUACUCUAGAAAUGAACAAAGAAAUAGAUUAUUUUCGACUUUAGUCAAAGCUGAAUAUGAUAAAUUGAGUAGAGAUAGCAAAAAGAGAGAUAUGUUGGAGAUUCAUGAGAAUAAGUACCGCAACCAAAAAUUUCCUAUUUCACAAUUCACCUCUAAUAUCACAACUGGAAACAGACCAACCCAUCACCAACCAACAACGUCUUCAUCUUCUUCUAUUCACUCCUUGCAAAAUUCAAAACGUACUCAAACUAAUUCUAGUAAUAAUUUGAAUGAAAAAUCUAACGGUUUCCAAUCAAAUUCGAAACAAAAUGGUAGAUUUAGAAUUGGAGGGUUGUUUAAGAGCGCUGUCAGACCAUUUUCAAUCAAUGUUGGAAAUUCAUGGGCAACUGAUAAAGUAUGUGCUCCAUCAGAACUUCCAAACCCUUAUACAAUUAACGAUCUGAGAUCAAAACCUUUGUUUCAAAUAUCCUUAUUUGAGUGCAAACCAUUAAUUAUCCACUCUUCAUCUAUUCAAGGUUUUUUCAAAAUAGUAUCUCUAUCUGGUGAAGAAUAUUCGUUUCAAGCUGCAAAUAACAGAGAAGCUUCUGAUUGGGUCAAAACCCUUCAACUUUCUAAAAGAUACAAUUACUUGUCAAAGGAUUCCAAAUGUAAUAGCGACACUAAAGUAUUUGGCGUUCCAAUUCAAGAUGUCUGCGAAAGAGAAGGCAGAUACGUUCCUAGUGUCGUUGAAGAUUUGUUAUCUGAAAUUGAAAAACGCGGGUUAGAUGAAGUUGGUCUUUACAGAGUUCCUGGGGCUGUAGCCAACAUUCAAGCUUUGAAACUUGCUUUUGACGAGGGCGAACGCAUUUCUAUGAAUGAUCAACGCUGGUCAGAAAUCAAUACAUUAGCCGGAUGUUUUAAAUUAUAUUUAAGAGAGUUGCCUGAUUCCCUUUUAACAUCUGAAAUGUUGCCCAGUUUUGUUUCAGCUGCCAAAUCUGAAGAUGUAAUUGGUACUUUACGUGAUCUCGUACGUCAAUUACCAAAGUAUAACUAUUAUCUUUUGAAAAGAUUGGUCGAGCAUUUAAAUAAAGUGACUGAGAAAUCCGAAAGCAAUCGUAUGGAUGCACCAAACCUUGCAAUGGUGUUUUCCAUGAGUUUUUUGAGUGAUGAUGACUAUGGUUCUAACUUGGGAUCCUUGCAAACAAUUUUAAAUUUGAUGAUUAAGACUCCAUAUGAUUUUUUUGAAAAUACUUCUAUGGAUAGAGCAAGUGCUGUUUACCUUUUUUAA